GUGUUUGUUGCUGCUGUUGCUGCUGCUGCUUCAUGUGCGCUUUGUACUUUUGCUUUGACGCAUUCGCACUCGCAUUCGCGCUGCGAUCGUGUUAAGCUACAUAUCGUAUGUUAUUUGAGGGCUCUGCCAGCGGCUUGACAACCAACCACAAGCAAAACCAACAAAUAUCAAAUAAAAAAAAAGCUUCGUUGACAUUGCGCUUGCGUGCAAGUGCAUGUGUGUAUGUGUUUAUGUGUGUGUGUGUUUAUGUGUGUGUGUGAGUGUGCCAACCAAAGCGAAAAUCACAUUUUUGUGGACUUGACCUCUAUUUUAAUUAUUGGUCAAAAGCUUAACAAAUUGCUUCAGCCUUAAUUAUUACAAACAAAGCAAAAAUACAGAAAAUCACAGCAAGCGCUUUUUUUUUGUUUUUGUUGUUGAUAUCUUUAAAGUGUUGCUAAAAAUUAUCAAAUAUAUUCGCAAAGCUAUAAGCAAAAUAAGUAAACAAAAGCAACUGCCUCAGCUAACAACACAGAGUUAACAGACGGAAAACACACAACAGCAGCCAUGUUAAAAGUCGACGGCAACUGCUCCCAGAGCUCGGAAACCCUGGAUCUGAUCAUCAAAUCACUUAGUUCACCCACAAUGAUAUGCGAGGGCACCCACUUUGAUGGUAAAAUACCGCACACAUUUGUGGUAUUUGGAGCGUCGGGCGAUCUGGCCAAGAAGAAGAUCUAUCCCACAUUGUGGUGGCUAUAUCGCGACGAUCUGCUCCCCAAGCCGACCAAAAUUUGCGGCUAUGCGCGUUCAAAACUAACAGUUCAAGGACUUAAAGCGCUUUGCCAGCCAUACAUGAAGGUGCAAUCGAGUGAGCAGAAGAAAUAUGAUGAGUUCUGGAGUCUGAACAACUAUGUUGCCGGCCCGUAUGAUGUGGGAACGGGCUACGAGCUGCUCGACCAGCAGUUGCAGAAGAUGGAGAACAGAUUCAAGGCGAAUCGCAUAUUUUAUUUAGCACUGCCGCCUACCGUCUAUGAUCAGGUGACGUUGAACAUCAAGAAUAACUGCAUGUCAAAGCGCGGCUGGAAUCGCGUGAUCGUUGAGAAACCCUUUGGUCGGGAUGAUGUCACCUCGAAAGCGCUUAGCGAUCAUUUGGCCAGUCUGUUUGAGGAGGAGCAGCUUUAUCGCAUCGAUCAUUACCUGGGCAAGGAGAUGGUGCAGAAUCUGAUGACGAUACGCUUCGGCAACAAAAUACUCAGCUCCACAUGGAACCGCGAAAAUAUUGCAUCUGUGCUGAUCACGUUUAAGGAGCCCUUCGGCACACAAGGACGCGGCGGAUAUUUCGAUGAGUUCGGUAUCAUACGCGAUGUCAUGCAGAAUCAUUUGCUGCAGAUACUCUCAUUGGUGGCCAUGGAGAAGCCAUGCAGCUGCCAUCCGGAUGACAUACGCGACGAAAAGGUCAAGGUCCUGAAGUGCAUCCAGCCGCUGCAGCUCAACGAUAUGGUUCUGGGCCAAUAUGUGGGCAAUCCCAGCGGUAAAACGGAGGACGAGCGCACAGGCUAUCUAGAUGAUCCCACUGUGAACAACAGCUCAACUACGCCAACCUAUGCCAUGGCUGUGAUUAACAUAAACAAUGAGCGCUGGCAGGGUGUGCCAUUCAUAUUGCGCUGCGGCAAGGCACUGAAUGAGCGCAAAGCGGAGGUGCGCAUCCAGUAUCAGGAUGUGCCCGGCGACAUCUUUGAGGGCAACUCGAAGCGCAACGAGCUGGUCAUACGCGUCCAGCCCGGCGAGGCGCUUUACUUCAAGAUGAUGACCAAGAGUCCGGGCAUUACGUUCGACAUCGAGGAGACCGAACUGGAUCUGACCUACGAGCAUCGCUAUAGGCACUCGUAUCUGCCAGAUGCCUACGAGCGUCUCAUUCUCGACGUCUUCUGUGGCUCCCAAAUGCAUUUCGUGCGGUCCGACGAGCUGCGCGAGGCGUGGCGCAUCUUUACCCCAAUUUUGCAUAAGAUCGAACGGGAGCACACGCCUCCCAUUCCAUACCUGUAUGGAUCCCGUGGACCCAAGGAGGCCGAUCGCAAGUGCGAGGAGAACAACUUCAUUUACUAUGGAUCGUACAAGUGGCACGGCAACAAGCCCACCGCAUCCGAUCUUUGAACGGGACUGGCCGCUGUCUUAAUUACUUAUUUUUGUUGUUUUUUUUUUAGAGGGUAUACAAACAUAUAUUGAUCAUUAAUAGAACUAGAUUUUUGAUAAUCACGUUUGUAUUUGAAUAAUCAAAAUUAUUGUUUUAUCAUAAAUAAACUAGACUUGGACUAGGA